AUGCCGGUCGUCACGCCCGACACUGGAGGGCUCGCUCUCGGCAUCGACGGCGAACGUGCCCUUUCGUCGCCGCGUUGGACGCCGUGGUACGUUGCUCACAUGGGCCUAGCCAAGCUUCUGCUGCCGUCCCCAGCGUCUGCAGCACUUUUGUCGCCGCCAAUAAUAUUAUUCUGUUACCAUCUGCCCCUAUAUACGCAUUGGAUCUGGACAAACCACCGCCGUGGACCGAACCUUAUCUACCUAGACGCUCAGCCACUCCCUCCCUACCCACGCGCUGCCGGCGCCGACCGCCGCCCAUCCCUACCCGCGCGUUGCCGGCGCCGGACCCCGGCCCCUCACUACCCGCGCACUGCCGGCGCCGGACCCCCGCCCCUCACUACCCGCACGCUGCCGGCGCCGGACCCCCCCCCCCCCCCCCCCCUCACUACCCACGCGCUACCGCCGCCGGCUGGCCGCCCCAGCAUACCCACGCGCUACCGCCGCCGGCCCCUCCCUACCCGCGCGCUACCGCCACCGUCCUCUGCGACGCCGCCGCGUCUGUCGUCGUCCUCCGUCGCCCAGCCAGCCUCCUCCUUCCGGGUCGCCGGCGACCUCUCCAGCUUGCCACCACAACCUUCCCCUCCCCCUGGCGCGCCGCGGGGACCUCCCCUUCAUCCAGCGCGCGGCUGUGUCAACUUGCUUGAGCUCCGCCGCCCGCCUCCCGACCUCCAUCAGUCAUCUGCCACCGAACUGACGCCCCCUUCUCCCAGGAAUCACCGCCGUCGGUACUUGCUUCCUGCGCCCCGCCGCCGCCCAGGGACCCAACGCGCCGCCGCUCCUCUGAUUCUGCUCCCCGGCUCUGCUUGCAAUUCUUCCGCCGACACCAAUGGCCUGCCCUUUCUCUCUCCCUUUGGUUCGAGGAGCAGCAACUGCUGGCCUGCAGUGCCGCCAUCUGAAGACAGGGGAGAUGGCCAUAAUUCCCUUAUGGUAAUUAUGCUGGUGCGGAACCUUCCGAGCGCACGGCAGCCUUGACCGUCCAAGUUGAGCACUGGGCGCCGUCCGAGUAGAUCACCGCGCCUCGUCCAAGUUCCCAUCUAAUGUUGAAUAAUAUAUCGCUGAGUGCUAUUGACGGUCAGUUACUUCUUCCUUUCAUGCUGCACAUGUGAACUGAAAACUGUAGAAAAGAGAGUUUAGUAUGUUUUGGAGAGCUUAAUUUCCCAAGUGGCAAAUUUGAUCUGUACCAGUAAGUACAUGAUUAAUAUUUUAUAAUAUGUGUGGUUCCAGUAAGUACAUGAGUAAUGAAAAUGUGUGGUUCCAGUAAGUACAUGAGUAAGUACAUGGACGUGGAGGACUUGGAGGACCACUGCCCCUAGUCCCUACAACUCAGACGAUGACCCGGUCUACUCCAAGCUCGCAGCAUGCUCGCAAUCCUUGUUUUCUGCUUUCUACAACAACAGGCACGGGCAGUAGGAUUCCCAUGCUGCUGGCACCACCGUGGUUGAUGACGUGUUGCUACGGCGGUGGCACCGACAGACCGAGGGUCAGCUCCAAUAAAAAUCAAUUAAUUUGCAUGAAGAAGAUGCGCCAAGUUGUGAUAUCCACACGCUGGAGAGUAUCUAUAGCUACGUACAGUGUUAAGUUAUUUGGGUUUUAUUUCCACUUGUCAGAUUAUUUCAACCACAUCCGUUGUUUGUCUUAUCUCCUUCAUGCGUACCAUGUAGGAUAUAUUUUUGGCAUAAUAAUUUCAAGUUCUCA